AUGGUUCGCAAGAACAUCAUCCUCUCCUCCCUCCUCCUGGGCCUCGUCUCAGCCUCGCCCCUCCACCAGAAGCGCCAGGACCUGCCCAUUGACAGCUAUGAUGAGUCCGUGGCGGCUGGUGCCGACUCCACGGACUCUCCUCCCGUCGGCGACGCCGUUCCCCAGAUCGUUGAGAGCUUCGACGCCGAUGCCGUGGUUGCGGACAUCACUGCCGCCAUCGUCGACACUCCCCCUGCUGAGGCUCAGGCCUCCACUGACGCUCCUCCCGAGGUCAUCACUGUCAACCUGAAGCGUAGCACCAACGUUGCCCGUGCCGACGCCCCGGCCACCUCGUGCAUUUCCCGCACUUACAACGGCCCGCAGGUCGCCUUCCCUGACACCCCCGAGGCCUUCACCGGCUUUGCGGGCUUCUCUGCUGCUGCCAUUGACGCUACCAAGGCAGCCAACGUCCCUUCCGGCUACGCGGUCGUGCCCAACUUUGUCGACCUCAAGGUCCUUGGCCAGGACAAGUCGUACAUCACCUACACCAGCUCCAAGCUGACCGGGUACGACACCAAGAAGUGCGCCGCCAUCUGCGACACCACCGCUGGCUGCACCUCUUUCAACAUCUACUAUGAGCGCGUGCCGCUCGAGAUCAGCAAGGCUACCCAGGUGCCUGACGCGGCGCUCGGCUGCCCUGGCAAUGCCGACGCCGCCUCGGCCACUUUGAUCAAGUGCGCCUUCUAUGGCAUGCCGCUCGUCGCCAGCUCGGCCAAAUCGCCUGCCUACCAGUUCCAGGGCAAGGCUUUCAAAGUUGUCUACGCCGGCUCCACGGCCUUCACCAAGUCCGCUGGCCCUUCGGUCGACGGCUUCCAGGGCCCCAUCACCUUUGGCAAAGCCGCCAUCAACGCUCCGGCGCCCGUCAUCGACCACGGCUUCCUCCGCUCCCAGACCUUCGGCACCAACGUCCCCUUUGCCCCUGAGCUCUGCGCCGCCAGCUGCAAGGCCCAGACUGAGUACAACGCGCUGCACAACACCAACAAGGGCCAGGCCUGCGUCUUCUUCAACGCCUACAUCAUGUACAAGAACGGCAAGGACGGCGUCUUCACUUGCGCGUAUUACGGUGUCCCCUAUGGUGUCAGCUACGCCAAGAACACUGGCCAGAAGGAUAACUCUGGCAACGUCUGGACCAUCGACAGCAGCUUCGGCUACUAUCUCCCUGGAAACUUUGUUUCCAAGUGA